AUGCUCGAGUUUACAAGUUGCCUUGCCUUCUGCAUAGCUUCGAAGAAUGUAGCAGUGCUUCUGCAGUUGGCCCUCUCACUAUUUCCCUCCUUGGCAGCACAGCUCAAAAGGAAAAAGGACCAUGGCCGAGCAGAGGCCCUCCUGAUUGCCACCUAUGGCACAAACCUUUGGCCUCCCUCUGGGAAAAAGGCGAAGAAGACUCGGGGAAGAGCCAAGGCAGCGAUUGGGGAGGCUGUGAGAACUGGUGAGGGCAUGGAGGAUGGAAGCAGCAGAAUGGAAGCGAAAGAGGAUUCAGAGCCAUGGUCCAUGCCUUUGCCUGUGAUAUGA